AUGGAUAAUCUCUCAGAGUUGUUAGCGGCCCUUUUCGGGCUCGUCCACGGCCAAUACUUCCAGGAGCCGGAGAAGACCGUGAGCUACUCGCGUGAUCUCGGCGACACCCGCGGUCACUACUCGUUCUCCUACGAGACCGAGGGCGGCAUACUCCAGCGCGAGAGCGGCAGCCGCAAGUACGCCGGCACCUCCGACGAGACGCAGCUCAUCCAGGGCUCCGUGCAGUACAACGCGCCGGACGGCACCCCCAUCGCCAUGAGCUGGACCGCCGACGAGUUCGGCACCCAGGUGUCCGGCACCCACAUCCCCACCCCGCCGCCGAUCCCGCCGGCGAUCCAGCGUGCCCUCGAGUGGAUCGCCAAGCAGCCCAGCACCCCGGAACCGAUCGAGAAGGACAACCCGACGCAGAACGCGGUCCGCCGCGACAGCCGCCAAUACCGAUUACCCUCGAAUAAACGAAACUGAGCGAGCGCGCGUCCGCGCGAAGUAGCGUUAAGUCCGUCCAAAACUGCCUAACUGUGUGUCUCCUGCCGCUUCAUAUAAUACGACGCUUUCAAUAAAAAUUUGUAUUUUUAUAGAAAUUCCCGAGAGAGGAGAUAUUGUGAGUGGAGAUGUAGAUUUUGGCGGGGGUUAUGUCCUUCCUGUACAGCAUUCCCGUAUUAGUCGAGGGGUGGUUUUACUUCCGACAAUAGCGACUCGUCUAUUCUCGUAUAUGCUUUCUCUUCGUAGUUGCGCAUGAUCUCAUAAUCAAACGCAGAAACGUUUUAGAAUGUAAAGAGACGAAUCUUCUUUUUUGUUAUAUAAGCACUUUUGUCACUUUUUUGUCGUUGUCAUCUAGAACUGAAGAUGAAUGACCUACACUCGAUAUGUAUAACAUUCAAGCGUAUGUAAACAAUUGCAUUAAUAAGUGAGAUACACACCGAGAUUAUUUGAUAA